AUGCGAACCUCUAAAAUAAAAAAAGGAUGCGAUGUUCACUAUAAUGCAAAUCUGAACAAUAUAAGUGGUUGUCCUAUCGGCUCAAAAGCAUGGCCACUAACACUUCCAUGGAAAGUCAACUAUCAAAAGGCGAAUGGUGAAAGACUACCGGAACCGAAUCCCAAGAAACGAAUACACCUGAUGCCGUUGUGCAAGAAACGGGUCAAUGGCGAAGCUCCAUACUAA